GUUUGUUUGACUAAGACGAGAAAUUUUGAUGAAAAACUUAUUCUCCAAUUAAAUUUACAUCUGUAAAUUAUGAAGCCAGAAUUUCAACAAGUAAAUCUAUAACCAGAUAAAGAUGGAUAUCAAAUUACCAAGUUUGCCAGCUCUGUCUGCAAAGUUUCUUCAGAUUCCAUACAGGACAAGAGUUACUGCCCUUGGUGUGUCAGCCAGUUUCGCACUUAUUGGACUUAUAGUUGCAUUAAUAAAACGUAACAGGCAGGAUAAAGAGAAAAAUGAAAAAGAGAAAAAACGGACAGAGGUGCAACGGGAGCGGGAAAGGACGGGCAGAAUACCUCUAUCCAGCAGUCCUAAUGGAGACCUUCCAUACAGAAGUAGAAGCCCUAGUUCUAUAAGAUCCCUGUUAAGACAGAAAUCCUUGUCUGGAUCAACAGGGAGUCUAGGGGCAGCCUCAGUCAGUACUACCUCAACGAUUAUACAUCCAACAGCUGUUGACACAUCAGAUAUGUCUUCACAAGAACUGUGCCAGCUAGGUUUAGACACCCUACAACUAGCUAUCACAUACUGGGAGGAUGCUGUGAUGAAGAUGGGAUACCUAGAUGACAAUCCUAUACCAGCUAUUACUGAUCCAGAGACAAGUGCAUUGCAGCAUCACUUAGAGCGUCUACUAGAGAUGGCUUACCAUAUGCAGGACUCAUACGAACGACAGAUGGAGAAAGAGGCAGACUAUGUCGCUUUCGACACAGCAAUGGCAGCAUUUGCAGAAACAGAAAACAUGGCCAAAAAUAGGUCACUAAGUAUCGGAUCUUCCAGUGACCUGGAUUCCUUUGUCUCAGCAACAGAUCUGGCAGAUUUAUCUGACUUGGAUACUCACCGAGAAAUGUUUAAACAUCUUGUGUUGUAUGAAGCAGGAUUAUUGGAGCUGAAACAUGGUACUAUAUCCUGCAGGACACUCAGGACAGAGAUGAGUCAAUGUAUGUCAGACACAGAGUUUCUGGCUAAACUACAUUGUAUAAGACUUGCAUUAGAGGAUGUUUUUAAAGAUGUACAAAACAGAGAUUAUUUUUCAUCAAUGGGUAGAAAGAUAAUUGGAGAUCUUCUGCUACAGUCAGAUAGGGAUCCAGAAGAUUUUUAUGCAGCUUACACAUCUAUGAUGGAUUAUGUAAAUAAUGCAGACAACUGGAGUAAAAUGGAAGAUGAACUGAGAGGUCGUGGGGUGAAGAACUUUACAUUUUAUGAUGUUGUAUUAGACUUCAUAUUAAUGGAUGCUUUCGAUGACCUUGAGAAUCCCCCCUCUUCAGUUAUAGCCGUGUGUAAUAAUAGAUGGUUGUCAAAUGGCUUUAAAGAAACUGCAUUAUCUACAGCAGUCUGGUCAGUAUUAAAGGCAAAGAGGAGACUGCUGAAGUAUCCAAACGGCUUUAUCAACCAUUUCUACAACAUCUCUGAAAGUGUAAGUCCAGUGUUAGCCUGGGGAUUUCUUGGACCUGAAUCAAAAUUAAAAGAUAUUUGCUCAUAUUUCAAGGAGAUUGUAUUAGGGUUCAUACGGGACAUGUUCAGUUUUGAGAAGGCCAGAUAUACUGGUAUAGAAGAACUUUCAGAAGAUAUUGUAAAACUGGCAAAGUUGAGGAUGGAAUUAGUCUUACAGAAAUUAAACCCUGAACCAGUCUGAAAGUAUUUCAUAUUCCUUUUGGAUAGUCAUUUAGAUGAAAUUUAUUUAUUGGAAGAGUGAAGACGCAAAAAUUCUUCAUGGCUAUUCCAGAAGAUGUGAUGAUUGGAUAGCCAAACUAUUUUUAGUGUGCAAAAAGGAGACAUUGUGUCAUUGUUCAUUUUCUAUAAUAAAGAGGAAUUUUACUUGGAACCAAUAGUGAGAAUUAUGAAUUAUUAAACUACAGCGUAAGAGUGCUGGUUCAAACUAAAGUGCAUAGUUUGCUCUGAUGAAUAGUAAGAAAAACUGUGGUUACUAGUUUGUAAAUUUCAGUGGAGUGUCUGCCUCACCUUACCACUGAACAGAGUAUAGCUCUAAGCACAAACCCCAAAAGUAAGCCAUGUCUGACUCACUAUUACGACUGAAAAUUGCAUAUUGUGUUAUACUGGCACGUACGUAUAGUCUACAGUGAUGUCUGAUCUGUGCUGUACUAGCAGUUGACAUUUGACCAAACGUGGGUAGUCUGCUAGUUAUUAUGCCCUCCUUCGAAGAAGGAGGGAUAUAUUGUUUUGCAGAUGUUGGUCAGUCUGUCGGUAGGUCGAUCGGUAUUAUUACUGUUUCCGGAUGAUAACUCAAGAACGCUUAGGCCUAGGAUCAUGAAAGUUGAUAGGGAGGUUGGUCAUAACCAGCAGAUGACCCCUAUUGAUUUUGAGAUCAGUAAUUCAAAGGUCACAGUGACCCGGAACAGUUAAAUGGUUUCCGGAUAAUAACUCAAAAACGCUUGGGCCUAGGAUCAUGAAAGUUGAUAGGGAGGUUGGUCAUAACCAGCAGAUGACCCCUAUUGAUUUUGAGUUCAAUAGGUCAAAGGUCAAGGUCACAGUGACCCAGAACAGUUAAACCGUUUCUAGAUUAUAAAGAAUGCUUGGGCCUAGGAUCAUGAAAGUUGAUAGGGAGGUUAGUCAUGAGCAGCAGAUGACCCCUAUUGAUUUUGAGGUCAGUAGGUCAAAGGUCAAGGUAACAGUGACCCGGAACAGUUAAAUGAUUUCCAGAGGAUAACUCACUGGCACCAGAUCAGAAAGAAAAUGCCUCCGUACGUGUUAUACCCUACCCCUAGGUAUUCUAUAAGAACCAUGGUCAUGAAUGGGAAAGUGCACUAACCCGUUUCAAUCGUACAUUUCUCAACUUAAACGCGCAGUUCGAUGAAUGGGUACCUAGUAUAUUGAACAAGGGAUAAUUUAUCUUCCAUUGUGCACCAGUCACAUUGUCCCAAUAUUCCAUAUUGCUGAGGUUAUCAACAUAUUUUAUGCUUUCGUCAACGUUACUGAAAAAACUUGCUUGACCUUCCCUAAUGAACAUCCGGUCUAGAGGUCAAGGCAGUGUGCGCAUGUUUGGCUAGAUGUAAACAAACAAAAACAGAAUUUAAAAAAAUCACAAUUUUACACUAAAACUCAAAAUGAUGAAUGAAAUUCAUCUUGUAUAUGAUCUUUAAUUUGAAAUCGUACAUUGGUCUGCAUCUAUUCUGUUUAUUUUAUUCAUUUUGCACAUUUAUGCUGCAUUUUCACUUUUAGCGAACACGUGUAGUAAAAUGACGAUUGACAUACAUUUUCAUAACAGCCAGUCAGAAUGGUUUUGUAAUCUAGAACGGAACUUCAUUAGGGAAGUUCAAGCAAGUUUUUUGUGUAACGUUGAAAUAACUAUAAACUACGCGUUGUUUUUCUAAGAUAAGAUGUAUUGAAAAAAUGUGACCGGUGCACAAUGGAAGAUAAAUUACCACUUAUUUGAUAUCCUUAGUACACAUUUACC